GGCACUCUUGCUCUGGUACCCCCAAAAUGGCUCAUCGAAGUGGGCAGGAGGACCCGGAGCGGUACCUGUUUGUGGAUCGCGCUGUGGUCUACAACCCGGCCACACAGGCRGACUGGACAGCCAAGAAGGUGGUGUGGAUCCCUUCAGAGCGUCAUGGCUUUGAGGCGGCCAGCAUCAAGGAGGAGCGGGGAGAGGAGGUGGUGGUGGAACUGUCAGAGAAUGGCAAGAAGGCCGUUGUCAAUAAGGACGACAUCCAGAAGAUGAACCCGCCCAAGUUCAGCAAGGUGGAAGACAUGGCUGAGCUCACCUGCCUGAACGAGGCCUCUGUACUGCACAACCUCAAAGACCGCUACUACUCUGGCCUCAUCUACACUUACUCUGGGCUGUUUGUGUGGUGAUAAACCCCUACAAAACCU